AUGUGGCAAGACAACAACGCCGCGUAUGGCGCGUCGUCUUCGCAGAACCCGUACUACCCCCAGCAGGCGGUCGCCCCGCAACCAGGCGUGCCUCUCCAGUUCUACGCGCCCAGCCCUGUCGGCAGCACCUUCUAUAGCGGCUCGCGCUCGAGUCUUGAGGGCCACGUCGGUGCGCAGGGGAGCAUACAGCAAGGAGGCGCAGGGUAUGGAGGAAACAUUCAGCCAGCAGGCGGAUGGUGGACGGCAUUCGGAACGGGAGGGUUUGAAGGGGAACCGCCACUACUUGAAGGCAUGCAUCAACUGGGUAUUAACUUCUCGCAUAUACGCGCAAAGUCUCUUGCCGUCUUGAAUCCCCUACAACGAGUGGACGAACACAUCAUGGAUGAUGCGGACCUCGCCGGCCCGCUUCUCUUUGUCUUUUGCUUCGGAACCUUCCUACUCUUCUCCGGAAAGCCACAAUUUGGAUACAUCUACGGAGUCGGCGUGCUCGGCUCGCUCUCCAUCUAUACCCUCCUCAACCUCAUGUCAGAAAAGGGCAUCGACGCAUACCGCGUGGUCUCCGUGCUCGGGUACUGUCUACUACCCAUGGUCGCAGUGGGCGCAAUCAGUGUUGGCGUUACUCUCGAUGGCAUGGUGGGAUACCUACUAUCGACGCUUUCCAUUCUCUGGUGCACAUACGCAGCAUCCGGCAUUUUCGUCGCGGUGCUGCGUAUGUCGGACCAGAGGCUAUUGCUCGCGUAUCCCAUUGGACUUCUGUACGGCUGUUUCGCCCUGCUCAGUGUAUUCAACGCGGGCGUGGGAGGCGGCUCUGCUAAGUAAUCUAUCAUUGGUGGCCAU